AUGCUGUUGGGACAUCGCGCGCCUCUUCCCCCGAGCUGUCACGAGCCCGAGCGGAUCGGUGCCACCCUGGGCGCUUCGGGCACGAGCGUCGGUUCACCCGCGCCGCGCGUCUUGCGCGUCUUCACCUUGGCCGGCGACUGCGUCCUGGAGAAGACUUACCAGGAGAUGCGGCCCUCCAGCCAAAUCGCCGAGGUCAUUCACAUGCUUUGCCAGAAGAUGGACCUGAAGCCAUGCCGGCUGCAGUUGUUGGAUGGCCGCAGGCGCCUUCAGCCACACCAUGCGCUGAAGUCCAUUUGGACUUCAGGCUCAGACUUGGAACUGCAGGUGGUCGUUGUGCCUGGGCCCUCACUGGACUUGGAGCGGGAUUUGACCUUGAGCAACCCGGAGGUCCUGGAGGUGCGGCACUGGCAGAGAACGGUGGCCGUGCGGAUCAGACCUGCAAGGCUCUUGGAGAGCCUGGCGGAGGAGGUGAAGUUGCACCACCGGGUCACCCUGAGUUCGCCGCGGAUCUUUGGCAAAGUUCACAGUUCCAGUGCCGACAUGGAAGAAAUGGUGCUGAACACUGCACCCGUGGAUGACAGCGGGCCUGGAUGUGACCUGGUGCUGGAGCUGGAUGAGGGUUUCUACGGCGGCCUGGACACUGGGUUCCGCUCGCUGAAGAUGUACUACGGCGUGCUGACGUUGGACUACUGGGCCACGGGCGAAUUCCACGCGUAUUUGGGUGGUGGAGUGCGCCAGAAUGAAGUGUGCCACUGCAUGGAUGUGGCAGGAUUUCUUCAAGAGAGCUUGGCCUUCGUUUUCCUCUGGACAUCGGAUCUCCUCCGCACGGUCUGCGCAAUGUGGUUGGUGGGGUCGAUGCUCCACGAGGGACUGGUUGAACAGUUCUUCCUGCUGCUGACGCUGUGGCUGCCAGGCUUCGUUUGGGCACUCCGCUUUCAACUCUACUUUUCCAAGCAGCAGUGGUCGAGCUUCUGCUGGCCGACGCUGCGCUGCGCGCUCUUGUGGCUUUCGGGGCUCUGGUGGAUUUGGACGCCCAAUGCCUUGAUCCUCGCGAGCCUUGUUUCACCCAUCUACUUCUCCUACAAGCUGCUCCUGCUGCUGACGCACUUCUUGCGGCCAUUUGCUGAGCCUCCUUCUUUUCCAGUGAAUCCCGACCUCUUUAGCCUCUACGAGCUCUAUAUGCGGGACACCUGCAUCUUUGGAGAUGCUUUGAGAGUCUUCCUGCUUCUUUUCUGGCUGCUCGGUCACGUGACCGGCCAGAAGGUGCUGCCAUACCUGUCGCUGCUGAGUUCCUUGGGCUCCCUGCUCAUCGCAAGCCUUCCGUACCGUCGCAGGAUGAGGGCAGAGGCGUGGAGCUAUUUCCAGGACUUCCUCAUGGCCAAUGAGGAGGAGGAGGAGUUGGUAAAUGCAGCCUGA